UUGGUGUGUGCUUUUACAGCUGAGAUUACACUUGCACUCUGACGAGAUGUUUUAAAAUCUCGACAGUAUCUAAAUUUCGUACCAUUUUCAUCUUCCAAAGCGUUAUGUAAAAAUCGCCGUGCAAUCGUUAUCCAUUGUCCACAUGCAGUUGAUUACUUAAGACAGCGUCUACAACAUAUCGGCGACAGAAACAUGGUUGUCCCAUGGACCUUAAGGGUCGUUAUUUGCUUGCUUUAUUGUCAGGCGUCUUCCGCUAAUCUCAGACUUGUACAAACAGUAUUUAGACAUGGGCACAGGACGCCUUCAAAAAUGUAUUAUCCCAAGGACCCUUAUGUCAAUUAUACUUAUGAACCAGAAGGAUUAGGAGGUCUAACAAACACUGGUAAAAUGCACAUGUACAAACUUGGACAGUAUCUUCGAGAAAGGUACGAUCACUUUCUUGAUCGAACUUACACGCACCACGAUGUUGUCUUCCGUGCCGAUGAAAUAGAAAGAGUCAUAAUAAGUGCACAACUUGUAUCAGCUGGACUGUAUCCGCCAACCAAAGAGCAAAGGUGGAAUCCUGAUUUAAAUUGGCAACCUAUACCUGUAUGGACAAAGCCACAAUCAGCCGAUUGCCUGUACAAUGGCCAGUUUAAUCCAAAAUUUUAUAAACUGAGAAAUAUCGCAGAAACUACGGACGCGGAAAUAGUACAGUUUAAGAAACAUAACAGUAACGUCUACAGGUAUUUGUCCGAACAAACAGGUGGCAAUAUUACGCAAGUGAAUGCGUUCAAGUUGCGUCAGUACUUAUUCGCGCAGAAAGAAAUUGGUUUAAAAUUACCGGAAUGGACGAAAGCAGUUUUUCCAGGAGUAUUAGAUGACUUAGCUAUAUUUGAUAUUUACAUUCGAACUUCCAGUAUGGAAUUAAAGCAAUUAUCAGGUGGAGUUUGGAUUCGCGAAUGGUUAAACCACGUUGAUAACUAUUUGAAUAAAAGUGAUUCAAGAAAAGCAUUUAUGUAUGCAGCACAUGAACUGAAUAUUGGUCCUAUACUUGAAGUACUUGAUAAUUUCGAUAAUGAAAUUCCUUUCUAUGGUAGUUGCAUUAUGUUUGAAUUACACGAAGUGAAUGACAAUUAUUAUGUACAGGUUCUUUAUAAAAAUGAAGAUAAUAUUCGAAUUCUCAAAUUUCCUUACUGUGGUGAAAAGCUGUGCCCAUUAGAUGUGUUCAGAAAAUUCCUAGCACCCGUGACACCUACAAAUCUGAAUGAACUAUGCGAAUCAACAUAA